GCUUGCAGGAUGCCCGUUGAGCAGGAGUAACGGCUGUGAAGGUGGUCCGUACCGCAACCGAAGGCUGCCGAGCCGGAUCCGGGUGAAAUUCGUGCGGGGCUGUGUACUAGGGGUCACGGAGGAUCGGAUAGUCUGACCGGGCCUCGGCUGCACGGUCUUAUAGGGUCUCGUCUUGAUGUUCCAGAAGCGUUAAUUAAAGAGGGGGUGAUUUCAUAACCAUCUUCCAGAAAGUAGCAAGAUGGCGUCAGACAGCCCGAAAUCCCUUAUGUCGAUAUGCACCGACGUUUGCCUCCGAAACCUUAAGGGGACGCUAUGCUACCUCCUAGACAAUGAAGUCUUGCGUCUGCACCCAGACAUCUUCCUGCCCAGCGAGAUAUGCGACCGCCUUGUGAACGAGUACAUUGAACUAGUGAAUGCAGACAGUAGCUUCGAGCCCCAUGAGAGUUUCUUUACCCUGUUCUCGGAGCCACAGAGCACCCGUCUUGCCCGGCUCCACCUUCGUGAGGAUAUAGGAGAUCAAGACCUUGAAGCCAUUCGAAAACAAGACCUGGUAGAGCUGUACCUUACUAACUGUGAGAGAUUGACAGCCAAAAGUCUGCAGACACUCAUGAGGUUCAAGUCCACGCUGGUGUCCCUCAGCCUUUCUGGUUGUCUCAACAUCUUUUUUGAGGAGGAGAACUUGGACGGCUAUGAUGAGAGUGACUGCUUGGUCAAUCCCACCCGUCAGGUCCUCGUUCGGGAUUUCACCUUUCAAGGAUUCCAGCACCUGCGAUUCCUAAACCUCGGCUGUAUCACCAAAGGGGUAGAUGUUGAGAUGAUGCUUCGGCCUCUGCAAAGCUUGAAAGCUCUGAACCUUUCAGGAAUCCAGCUGAACGACGUGAGCUUCCUAACGCAAUGGAGGGACACAUUGGUGUCUCUGGUGCUGUACAAUAUGGACCUGUCUGAAGAUCACAUCCGGGUCAUUGUGCAGCUGCAGAAACUCCGGCACCUGGACAUCUCACGAGACAGGCUUUCCAGUUAUUACAAGUUUAAAUUGACCCGCAAGGUGCUGAGCCUUUUUGUGCAGAACCUGGAGGAUCUCGUGUCAUUGGAUAUCUCUGGUCACAUGAUGCUGGAGAACUGUGCUGUCUUCAAGAUGGAUGAUGAACUGGGCCCUCCCAGCAAUGACCCUUGCAAGAGCAGCAUCAUUCCUUUUCAAUCCUUCAAAAGGCCCCUACGGUUCUUGGGCUUGUUUGAAACAUCUCUCUGCCGCCUGACUCACAUCCCAGCCUACAAAGUGAGCGGCGACAAGAACGAGGAACAAGUGCUUAAUGCCAUCGAAGCGUAUACAGAACAUCGCCCUGAGAUAACGUCCCGUGCCAUCAAUCUCCUGUUUGACAUUGCCCGUAUCGAAAGGUGCAACCAGCUUCUGCGAGCGCUGCAGUUGGUCAUCGCUGCUCUGAAGUGUCACAAAUAUGACAAAACUAUCCAGGUGACAGGGAGUGCUGCCCUUUUCUACCUCACCAACUCUGAGUAUCGUGCCGAACAGAGCAUCCAGCUCAGACGACAGGUGAUUCAAGUGGUGCUGAAUGGCAUGGAAUCCUACCAGGAGGUGACGGUUCAAAGAAACUGUUGUCUCACACUGUGCAACUUCAACAUCCCAGAGGAGCUUGAGUUUCAGUACCACCGUGUCAAUGAAUUGCUGCUAAACAUACUCAUCCCAACACGGCAAGAUGACUCCAUCCAGCGUAUUGCGGUCCACCUCUGCAAUGCCCUCGUCUGCCAAGUGGACAAUGAUCACAAAGAAGCUGUGGGCAAGAUGGGGUUUGUUAUGACUAUGCUGAAACUGAUACAGAAGAAACUCCAGGACAGAAUGUGCGACCAAGUGAUGGAAUUCUCGUGGAGCGCGCUGUGGAACAUUACGGAUGAGACUCCGGAUAACUGUGAGAUGUUUCUCAAUUACAGUGGUAUGAAGCUAUUUCUGGAGUGCCUGAAGGAAUUCCCAGAGAAGCAGGAACUUCAUCGUAAUAUGCUAGGGUUGCUGGGAAAUGUGGCUGAGGUGCGUGAACUUCGUCCACAGCUCAUGACCUCCCAGUUCAUCAGUGUUUUCAGCAACCUCUUGGACAGUAAAGCAGACGGGAUUGAAGUGUCUUACAAUGCCUGCGGGGUGCUGUCGCACAUCAUGUUUGAUGGUCCUCAGGCCUGGUUCAUUGCCGAGCCAACACGCCAGGAGGUGGACGAGCGAAUGUGGAAAGCCAUCAGGAGUUGGGACAUCAGCUCCAGGAGAAACAUUAAUUACAGGUCAUUUGAGCCGAUUCUCCGGCUCCUUCCUCAAAGUGUGUCUCCCGUCAGCCAGCACUGGGCCACGUGGGCGCUCUACAAUCUGGUCUCCGUGUAUCCUGACAAAUACUGCCCCCUACUGAUCAAGGAAGGAGGACUCCCUCUACUAAUUGAUGUUGUCAACAUGCCUUCAACCCAUCAAGAAACAAAGGACAUGGCCAGGAAAGUCCUCGAUCAUUGCAGUAAAUAUAACGAAGAGGGGAUGGACACGUUAUUAUAGAGGUGAGACAGGCGACGAGAUAUCCGCAUUGCCCUCUGUGCCUCUCCGCAGAGAAACACCUUCACCCAACUCUAAAGUGGUAGAGGCGCCCCUGUGCUCAAUGCACCAACAGACCAUUUUUUCACAAUAAAACCCCUUUAUCUGUGGUUUCCUAAUUCUC